UCUGACUAACAGUCUCAUACCUCUGUCUUAUACCUCAUAUCUCUGUGUGUCUGCUCUGUAGCUACAUAUCUCUCUGUGUGUCUUUGCUCUGUAGCUACAUAUCUCUCUGUGUGUCUUUGCUCUGCAGCUACAUAUCUCUCUGUGUGUCUUUGCUCUGCAGCUACAUAUCUCUCUGUGUACAGCAUUCUUUCUGAUUCUACCCAUUUCUGUUUUCAUCCAUCUCUACCUCAACUUUUUCCUCUCAGUUGCCUCUCUCUAUUCUCUCUGUCUCUCUCUCUCUCUCUCUUCCUCUUUCUCUGUCUCUCUUUGUAAUAGUCUACAUUCACCUCUGCUACCUGCGGUCUCACUAUGAGUGGUAAUCUGUGGACGGAGGAGCAGUUCAACUGUCCUGUAUGCCUGGACCUCCCCAAUGAGCCAGUCACCAUCCCGUGUGGCCACAGCUACUGCAUGGGCUGCAUCAAGGACUACUGGAGCAAGGACGACCCUCGCUCCCCUGGAGUCUACAGCUGUCCCCAGUGCCGCCAGACAUUCUGUCCCAAGCCCUCCUUGUCCAGGAACACCAUGCUGGCAGAGGCCGUGGAGCAGCUCCGCAAGGGGGCCCUCACCACCUCCGCCAGGGAGUCCAUCCGGAGCGCCCACCGUGCCAACACCAUGGGUAGAGCCAAGGGAGGUUCCCGUGGUGGUGGUGUCAGCCAGCUGCCAGCCAUGGCCGUGCCCUGUGACAUGUGCCACGGCGCUGGAGACCAGCGGGCUGCGGUGAAGUCUUGCCUGGUCUGUAUGGCGUCCUACUGUGAGGCCCACCUGAAACCGCAUCAGACGAAAGCGGAGUUGAAAAAGCAUGAGCUGAUUGCGCCCACGGGCAAGCUGGCGCAGAAGAUCUGUACCGAGCACAAGUACCUGCAGGAGUUCUACUGUCGUCAGUGCCAGAUGUUUGUGUGCUGGCUGUGCACCAGUAACCAGCACAAGGACCAUGAGACCAGCUCCACCAAGGCAGAGCGCACGGAGAGACAGAAAGAGCUGGCUGAGGUGCAGACAGAGAAUCAUCAGAGACUGAAAGAAAGAGAAGGAGAGCUGAAAGACAUGAAGAAGAUGCUGGAGGCAACAAAGCGCUCAGCAGACAGGGUGCAUGAUGACACAGCGACGGUGCUGUCGGAGCUCCAGCGCUCGGUGGAGAGGCUCCAGGAGCUGGUGGAGGGUGUGAUGAACCAGGCUGGGCAGGAGAAAGUAAGCGAGGCCCAGGACGUGGUGGACAAGCUGGAGGCCGAGAUCUCUGAGCUAAAGAGGAGAGACAAGGACAUGAAGGAGGUGUUCCGCUGCGAAGACAACAUCCACUUCCUAGAGACCUGUGAGUCUCUGUGCAGCCCGUUUGAGUGUAAUGAUCUGUCGUGUGUGGUGGCCAAUCCAGAGGCUACGUUUGAGCCUGUACGUGAAGCCAUCCUGAACCUACGGGAGAGAGUGGAGGACAUGUGCAACGUGGAACUGGGCAAGAUCACCAAGACAGUGAAUGAUACAACACUGUUCACCUUAGGAGACAAAGCAAAACAAAAUGGCGGCCAGAAGACGGGAGGGUUCAGGAGUUUGUUUUCUGGUCUGGGAUCCAAAACAACAACAAACAACAUCCGUCCUGCAGCUCCCACACCGACUGUCUCCGUGGCGGUUCGAGGUCCUAACUCACGUGGUGUAGGCCUGCGCUCUCAAGAUGUUAGGAGCAGAGAGGAACCACGAGCUGACAGAGACAGGCCGAGGAGAGAGGAGAGAAAACCAGCCAGAGAGGCAGCCCCCAGACCAAGCACCAGAUCUAGUCCCACUCAGAGCCGGAGAAAGCCAGCCAGAAAUAGCCCUACCCAAAGUCGAAGAGAGACGCGCAGACGCAGUCCCAGUCCAAGUCCAAGUCGUAGAGAGCCAGCCAGUCCCAGCCCUACUCCAAGUCGUAGAGAGCCAGCCAGUCCCAGCCCUACUCCAAGUCGUAGAGAGCCAGCCAGACCCAGUCACACUCCAAGUCGUAGAGAGCCAGCCAGACCCAGCCCGAGAGAGACACCCAGACCAGAACCCACCACCACCCCUACCCCCGGUGCUGUUACCAAAGCCACCCCAGCCUCAGGAGCUUUCAGCCGGAUGGGCUCCAUAGCAAGUCUCUUCCGCUCCCAUCGACGUGCCACACCGGCACCUGGGCCAGUCAACAACAACACUGGUGGAAUUAACCAAUGGGGGAUGGGUGCACUGACUGAAUCCCAACCAGAAGUGAAUACCAGCCUUUUCCUGGAUCCACUGACCCCUGACCCCAUCAUGAAUCAGAUGCCAGCUUUCCCUGCAUUGAGGGAGAUAGACAUCUCUAGCAUCCAGGCCCCAGAGCCCAGGAGCAGAGAGGAGUUCCUGCAGUAUGCCUGUACCCUGACCCUAGACACGAGGACAGCCCACCGACGUCUGAGCCUGUCGGAGGGUAACACCAAGGCCACCCUACAGGGGGCAGGGCAGCCUACCCAGACUGCCCCCAACGCUUCGACGGCUGGACCCAGGUGCUGUGCCAGGCCCCCCUGUCCGCCCAGCGUUGUUACUGGGAGGUGGAUUGGCGGGGGAAGGGGUCAUCAAUGGGCGUAGCUUAUGGAGCCCUGAGCAGGAAGGGGGCGGACGCCAGGGCGGGGCUUGGCUACAAUGCCCAAUCAUGGAGCCUGGAGCUGUCGGAUACGUGUUGCACGGCAAUGCAUGACAAUGAGAAGAGGGAUAUCCCGGUGACGUACUCGCCGCGUCUGGGGUUGUUCCUGGACCUCAAUGUGGGCACCCUGGCGUUCUAUAGCGUGGCGGAGAGCAUGGCGCACCUGCACACGUUCCGCGCCAACUUUACACAGCCACUGUAUGCAGCCUUCGGGGUGGGGAGUGGGGUUGGUGUUGGACUGGACUUUGCUCUGGGUCAGUUCAGCCAGACAUCUGACAGCAUCAAGAUCUGCCCCAUGUGAUGUGACCUACGACCUCUGUAUAGAUCUGCCCCGUGUGAUGUGACCUACGACAUCUGUAUAGACCUGCCCCGUGUGACGAGACCUACGACCUCUGUAUAGACCUGCCCCAUGUGAUGUGAUCUACGACCUCUGAUCCCCAUCUGCUAUCACCGCUUUAUAUGACAUAAUUUAACAAGAAUUAGUUUGUUUCCUAAACAUUUACAUAACAGCCCAAAUGCUGCCCUUCUGACAAACAAAUGAUGUACAAAAACGAAUAGAAGACUGAACUGACAAAUGGUGUGGGGUGUAGUGUGUAUGUACACACACACGUCCUUUAGUUAUAAGACAAUAAAUAGAAGACAACCAAA